GAAGAGAUAAAAAAGGAAUUCUGAGAACCUUGGUGGCGAAUUAGCUGAAGAGCUGAAGGCUCAGUUCUCAAUUCUCCAGAAGCUAACACUGCAAUCCAUUUUUUUUUUGGUUUAUCAAUCCCAUUACCUUGGAUAGUCUUGCUCUCCAUGUCCAGUGUGAUGCAAAAAGAUACAACCAUGUAACCAAAACGAUAACAAAGCAUCACUAUCAAAAAAAAAACGAUAACAAAGCUUCCAAGGUGGAUCUGUUAUAUAGAAAUUGUUCUUUGUUGCUCCAUCCCCGGCAUGUAAAAGCGCAAUUAUAUAGGAGAAGUUAGUUGAGAAAACAUCGCAAGCAUAGCUGAUUCGCAUGAUAAGUCUGAAUUCACGUCUUCGCUGCGUUCGUUCCCCUACUACGAUUCUCAACACUUAAACAACUAUUUAACUCUUUCCGUGGGGCGCGGACAACGGCGGGUGGUCGCCGCCGCGCUUCUACCUAGGCCGUCGGCCCUGCUCGGCUGCUCCGCUGAUCGGAGGCCAGGCCCAGGCGCGCCGCCCGCGCAGCGCGGCAACGGGCGGCGAGCGGCGCGGCGAGCUGGCGACCAGCGGACCAGGGAGCGGCGCAAGCAAGGCAAAGCCGGCAAAUGAGCCCUUAACUUGAAGACGGUCUCGUCGAUCCCCCGCCCUGUCCCAGUGGAAUUGCAGCUGCGACUGCGAUGGAGGAGCAGUUCAUCCUCCGCGUGCCGCCGUCCGUGGCGGAGCGGAUCAAGCGCCUCAUGAAUGAAUCCGCCGCCGCGUCCUCCUCCUCCUCCAACCCUGACGACACCUCCCUCGACCUCUCCUUCUCAGAGGAUGGAAGAAAUGGUACAUUUAUGAUAGGUAAUGAGAGCUUUCCUGCAUCUCUCUUGGAUCUACCUGCGGUGGUGGAGUCGUACAAGACGUAUGAUGAUUCUGUACUAAUUAAAACUGCUGAUAUUGGUCAGAUGAUUAUGGUAAGAGAAGAAAAUGACCCUGCUCCAGAGGGAGUAGAAUACAAGCAUGGGCUUACUCCUCCAAUGAGGGAUGCACGCAGACGCCGUUUCCGCAGAGAACCAGAUUUGAAUGCGGAGCUUGUUAACCAAGUUGAAAAGCAUCUCAUCAAUAUUAUGCACGGAGUAUCUGUCAACCAGAAUGCCAGUGUGAUAGGAGGCGAGGAAGGUGGUGAUAGUAAGAAACAUCCAGUGGCUCGUGCACCCAAGCAGCCUGAUGUUCAAGAGCCAACUGCGAAUGGUGAGGAACCUGAGAGGAGCGACUUGGAGGAGUCUGAGAAUUGAAGUGGACCUGAAUAGUGCAGCCUCAAUGGCCCAAGUGACCCAGGUUAAACUUGCACUUUAAAUCAGUGUAUGUCUAUAAUGACGAUGGCUGUUGUCUCAUGCAUGAUGUUGACUAUUAUCAUAAAAUUAUUAUUAGACUUCAGCAUGUGAUAGAGUUGGUUUACUGCUCUAUUGUAGUGCCGGAUGCUGCUGCUGUGAGUGUGAGUGGUCUCAGUUUGCAGUUUGCACACAGGAUGUAUUGUUCCUACUAAGGCCAUUUAGCAGCAGUUUUGUCCGAUAUUUAUCAUGAGAUUACUUGGUGACAGUAACCCCCUUCGCCUCUUAUACAUAAGACUAUAUGAUGUAGCAUGUAUAAAUACCAUGAGACAGUUGAAAGAAAACCUUAGGACUACAUUUUUUGUCCUUUGUUCAA